CCUAUGUGCAUGGAAAAGUGAUCUGGCCAACAACAAAUCCUCCCUCGGGUCCUUGCGGGUACGAAAACGGGGCCGAUGUGCCCACACGGAUGGAAAAUUAGUGAAAAGAUGCGACGAAGAGAGCUCAUCUUUAGUAACUACUGAGUUUGAGAUGGCUCUAGGCUUCGCACUCUACACUAUAACACCCUUGUUUCGACACAAUGGCGAAUCGUUGGUCUGCGUUGGCUGGAUAUCACGGAGAAGCACCUUGCACCAUACUGUAGGCUUUCGUCUAUUGUUGCCCAGCCUUCUUGGCCACGCCCUCUCCACUAACGGCAGCCAAUAAUGGGAUCCACUGUGAUUGCGCCCAACACCAAUAUAUGCGGUGGCAGGCUGGAUGCAGAAGGCUCUCUCCUCUUGAACUGGAUACGAGCUCCGCCAACUUCAAAAAGAGCCAAUGAUGCGGCUUUCCGCGUACCUGGAAAUGUGAAAUAUGCAGAGUGAUACACAAGGAACCGCCCGUUUUGAGUAUGUGAUGCGCUAUAACUAACAUUAGAAAGAGACGUGUUGGGCUGUUUGAUGUACGGCAGAGGGUGGGUGGUUCAUCUUGGUUUCUAUAAUUAGUCCAAUACAGCCUGAUAUUUUUUUGCCAUAUA